CCUCUGUGUAGCAAAUACCACAUUAGUACUAAAUUGAAUUUAGAAGGUCCCCAAUAGAGUCGGCGGAUCUGUGUGCAGUACACAUCCUCAAACCACUUCUGUUUCUCUCACAAAUUGAUUCUGUGGUCUGUAAUUUGAGUUCCAACAUCAUGGCUACGCAAGGUCAAGUCAUCACCUGCAAAGCUGCCGUGGCCUGGGAACCCAACAAGCCUUUGGUGAUUGAGGACGUGCAGGUGGCUCCACCACAGGCCGGUGAAGUCCGUGUUAAAAUUCUGUAUACUGCUCUCUGCCACACCGAUGCUUAUACCUGGAGUGGCAAGGAUCCUGAGGGUCUCUUCCCAUGUGUUCUUGGUCAUGAGGCUGCAGGGAUAGUAGAAAGUGUUGGUGAAGGAGUGACUCACGUUCAGCGAGGAGACCAUGUUAUACCUUGUUACCAGGCAGAAUGCGGAGAAUGCAAGUUCUGCAAAUCAGGAAAGACUAAUCUUUGUGGUAAAGUAAGGGCUGCUACUGGAGUGGGAGUUAUGAUGAGCGACCACAAGAGUCGGUUUUCUAUCAAUGGAAAAUCAAUCUAUCAUUUCAUGGGAACUUCAACCUUCAGUCAAUACACUGUUGUCCAUGAUGUUAGUGUUGCAAAGAUUGACCCAGUAGCUCCUCUGGAGAAAGUCUGCCUUCUGGGUUGUGGUGUUCCAACCGGCCUUGGAGCUGUUUGGAACACUGCAAAAGUUGAACCAGGUUCCAUUGUUGCUGUAUUUGGCCUGGGAACAGUUGGUCUUGCUGUGGCGGAGGGUGCAAAAGCUGCUGGUGCUUCACGAAUUAUCGGAAUUGAUAUUGACAGCAAAAAGUUCGAUAGAGGCUUCAAUUACAAGUUACUAAUGUUCAAUCAAAAGCUGAAGUCCCUACGGCUUUGGUUCAAUGCAAAAAAUUUUGGUGCAACUGAAUUCAUCAAUCCCAAGGAGCAUGAGAAACCCAUUCAGCAAGUCAUUGUUGAUCUUACAGACGGUGGUGUUGAUUACAGUUUUGAGUGCAUAGGAAAUGUCUCUGUUAUGAGGGCUGCUUUAGAGUGUUGUCACAAGGGUUGGGGAACCUCAGUGAUUGUAGGUGUUGCUGCAUCUGGUCAGGAGAUAUCUACCCGUCCAUUUCAGUUGGUGACUGGUCGUGUGUGGAAGGGAACCGCUUUUGGUGGUUUCAAAAGCCGAUCACAAGUUCCUUUGCUCGUGGACAAGUAUUUGAAGAAGGAAAUCAAGGUGGAUGAAUACAUCACUCAUAAUAUGACCCUUACGGACAUAAACAAAGCUUUUGACCUGAUGCAUGAUGGAGAGUGCCUCCGUGUUGUCCUGGAUAUGUUUGUAUGAAUGAAGUCUUUAGGCUCUUUAUGUUGCUGACUUGCUGGUUUUGUGCUAUUGCUCCGGCAUUAUUUCCGUUUCCCUUUCCCCAAGUAUUUGUGUGGAAUAAAAAAGAAAGCGAAAAGAGGGAUAGAUGAACUCUUUUUAAGUGGAUGGUUUUUAUUAUCUUUUCAAGUAAAUGUUCUCCUUCAAGCUCAACCACCUUUGUGAUUUUGGACUUGGGAUAAACUCUCCCAUGUUUGCAUCAAUGUAUCCUCGCUUUUCUGAAGUACAGUAUCUAUGCUAUUCCUAAUGGUCAUAUAAAAUGAAAUUUUUUA